AACAGUUGGUUCAAGCGCAAUAACAACAAGAAGAUGGCGAGUGCAACAAGAGCAAGAGUGGAGUCGUUCGUAUGGACCGACGACGAAGUUGAACUUCUACUCAGAGUUACACUCGAUUACAAGUCGACUAAACUCCAAGACAAUGUUGACUGGGAGUCGUGUCACUCAAAAUAUUCGGACAUAAUGGACGCGUUUCAGGCGCAGUAUCCGAGGGAGCCAACCGAGAAGGAUUUUCCUCACGGUGCUAACAUGUUGUCGAAAGCCCAAGUCACCACCAAGUUAAAAAGCAUACGCUGCAAAUACAGGCAGACGGUGGACAAAGGGCGUCGAAGUGGCCAAGGACGGGUAGUGCUCAUAUUUUAUGCGCUUUGCGAAGAGAUCUGGGGUGGAUCUGGGUCACAUGCUACGCGCUGCAUCGACGCCGCCAUCGAGACGACUGACCUGGAAGAGUCGUCUACAUCGACAGUAGAGCUAGCCGCCGAUUCUCCAUACUCCACUGAAUCCCUCGACUGUCUUCCUCCUGCGGUUGGAAAGCAGCUCCGGGCAAAGGUGAACAGCCACAGAGGCGACAGGCCAAAGAGGAAGAUUCUGACUGAUCCGGCAGUGGAGGACCUACAAAUAAAGAGGAGGAUGUUGGAGUUGAUGGAGGACUCCGCUAGACGCAACUCCGACAACAUGCAGCAGAUAAAUACAAACAUUGCUAAUUUAACCAGCACCAUUCAGGACGGGUUUUCCUUGAUGAGGGAGUUGUUGUCACAACGCCACCCCGGAGCAGAGGGUGGCGGUAACGCACAAAGAUAUUGGAUGCCAAUCACCGUAAAACAAGAAGAAUAAUGCUGCCUUCACGUGGGCUGCGUCCGAAAUCGCAUACUGAAUUUGAAUAAGUACCUACCUAUCGGCCGUUAAAACAGUACGUUCUAUAUAGUAUGAGUGGGAGUAGUAUAAAUACAUUUCGGACAUACUGCAGCCGACAUGUUUUAUGGUCAUGUGACCCGUAUGCGCUUUUACCUAUGACGUAUUAACAACAACCUACACGUGAGCGUAGAAACGGAAGUCCGCCUUGAAGUUUUCCGCUACAUUUAUUUGAUUUACUUGUGAAAUUUGACCGUUGCUCAGCUCCCGUGGCGUCAUGGGAUAGAGAAGUGUCCAUCCGAUCCACACUCACGAAUCUCGGCGGAAGUAGUAGACCAUCCGGGUAUUUCUCGCCUACUGAGGUUUCGGACAUACUAUUCAUGACUCACUCAUUUUCGUCUACUAUAUAGUAGGGAAGUAGGCGAUUUCGGACGCAGCCGUGCUCUCAGAAAUUUGAUAACUCCCACUUCUGAUGUAAUUUUUCCGAGCUGGAAUGAAGCUGUUGCGGAAAAAACAAUAAAUCCUUUGUCACAGCAGAAAUCCUUUUCCUGACCACAUUUCAAUUGUUGGUUCAACGAUUUAAGAACACUGGUAACUUCUCUUAGGUUUAUGACAAAUAAAAAUGCCCUUAAUUUUGUGUCUAUGGUGGAUAUGGUUUUGUUAUUCAAUUAGGACCCUCACUCUUUUUAUUUAGUAUUAUUUUUUAUAUAUAUAUUUGUUACUCUUUUACUUUUGUUUUGUGUUUUAGAAAUGCCAUAUCAACACUAAUACAUCGGUUAAGAAUUGUAUUGUGCCAUGGCAUAAAUGUUUUUUAUUGAGGUUUGUACAUUAAUAAAAAAUAUAAUCCUUAUUCCAUCCCUCAUGUUGAUUGUGUAAGGUCGAGAAGGUUCUCACUGCAGAACAUGAGAUCCAGGGUGGUGGUUGGAUCCAGAUCCGACUCCUCCCACUUUAUAUACUUGGCCGCAAUUUGGAGAGUUAAGUUGCAACCCGUGGUCACCAACGUUUGCUCUCCAUGUCAUCACAAGUGUACGCUUGUAAGUAAUGAUCACAGUUAAAUAUGUUACCCUAAAUCUAAUAAGAUAUGUUAUUAAAAACACGUUAAUAAAUAAUGUUUGU